CAAGUGAUCAGCGAUCAGCUGAAGCCGCUAUCUGAUGUACCUUUAGCCCGAGCUGUUACUGUCCCAGAGGAGGGGAAUAUUUCCCUGUCCACGGGGUCACGCCAGCUGCAGACACACAGCACACCAGGAGAUAUGGUGCUGCGGUGAAGGUGCCUGGAAAGGACCGAGUUCCAAACCAAGAGGAGAAGGAUUUCUUUCAAAGGGAAGAGUCAAACCACUGCAAGGAGUGAGACCUUCCACCACCGUGAUGAAGGAAACCACCGAAAAUGUCUCUCUGGACGAUACCGGCUGGAGCCAGGUGACAUGCGAGGGCUUGCCAACCAAGACCCAGGACACUAUUUUUAUCUCUGAAGAAGAUAACAGUCUGUAUUUCACAUACAGUGGAAAAUCAAAUGUUCUGGAGGUCAAAGAACUCAACUACCAGGUUAACACAGCAUCCCAGAUUCCCUGGUAUGAAAACCUUGCACAGAUGAAAAUGCCCUGGACCUGGAAAUCAGAUCCCCGUUCUCGUGUGUCAAUAAUCCAGAAUCUGAAUUUAAAAGUUCAAAGUGGUCAGAUGCUGGCUAUUAUAGGAAGCACUGCUGGUGGAAAGACAUCCUUGCUUGAUGUGAUAACCUGCCGGGAUCAUGGAGGCAAAAUCAAGUCUGGUCAAAUCCUGAUCAACAACAAACCCAGCACUCCCCAGCUUGUUAGGAAAUGCAUAGCACACGUGCGGCAGGAUGACCGACUGCUCCCCCACCUGACUGUCAGAGAAACACUAUUGUUCGUUGCCAAACUGCGCCUUCCGAAGUUUUUUUCAGACUCACAAAGGAAAAAAAGGGUAGAAGAUGUUAUAGCAGAGCUGCGUUUGCGCCAGUGUGCAAACACCAGGGUAGGGAACGAGUUCCUCCGUGGUGUUUCGGGAGGCGAGAGGCGGAGGGUGAGCAUCGGCGUGCAGCUGCUCUGGAACCCGGGAAUACUCAUACUUGAUGAACCCACAUCUGGACUGGACAGUUUUACUGCACAUAACCUUGUGAUAACAUUAUCCAGACUGGCCAGGGGAAACAGAUUGGUUCUUCUUUCACUUCAUCAGCCUCGGUCAGAUAUCUUCCAACUGUUUGAUUUAGUUCUUCUGAUGACUUCUGGACUCACUGCCUAUUGUGGAACAGCCAGAGACAUGGUCCAGUAUUUCACAGAACUAGGCUAUCCCUGCCCAAGAUACAGCAAUCCUGCGGAUUUCUAUGUUGAUUUGACCAGUAUCGAUAAACAAACUGCAGAAAAGGAGAUGGAAAGCCGAAAAAGAGCAAAUACCCUUGCCAACUUGUUCCUAGAAAAAGUCAAACAUUUUGAUGAUUUCUUAUGGAAAGUUACUGAAGGAGACAAUGUUGUGACCACAGUCGGCCAGCAGAGGUCGCAUUUAAAUUCAGAGGAGGCUAUCAACAUGCCUCACCAUUCCAGUGAUCAGUUACCAGGAGCCUUAAAGCAGUUCACUGUAUUAUUAAGUCGUCAAGUCUCCAAUGACUUCAGAGACCUCUCAACGUUAUUAAUCCAUGGAUUUGAGGCCCUUCUUAUGUCAUUAUUAAUUGGAUUUUUGUACUAUGGCCAUGACAAAGAUGGACUCUCUAUUCGUGACACAACAGCACUGCUGUACAUGAUAGGUGCCCUAAUCCCAUUCACAAUAAUUUUGGAUGUUAUAGCCAAAUGCCAUUCAGAAAGAGCAAUGCUUUAUCAUGACUUGGAAGGUGGAAUGUACUCUGUCAGCCCAUACUUCUUUGCUAAGAUUUUGGGGGAGCUCCCAGAACACUGUGCUUUUGUUAUAAUUUAUGGAGUUCCCAUCUACUGGCUGGCAAACCUCAUCCCUGAACCAAUGCAUUUCCUGCUGAACUUUGUCUCGGUGUGGCUGGCUGUGUACAGUGCCCGUGCCAUGGCACUCUGGGUGGCAGCGCUGCUGCCGACCUUGCAGCUCUCAGCCUUCCUUGGGAACGUCCUUUUCACAUCCUUCUACCUGAGUGGUGGUUUUGUGAUAAGCCUGGAAAGUCUCUGGACAGUUCCUUUUUGGGUUUCUAAAAUCUCUUUCCUCAGAUGGAAUUUUCAAGGAAUGAUGCAAAUUCAGUUCACUGACCACACAUAUGAAAUGACCGUUGGAAACACUACUUUUAAAAUACCAGGGAAAUUUAUCAUUCACUCUCUGGACAUGGACUCCCAUCCUCUCUACGUGAGCUACCUCGUCCUCAUCGGUAUCAUUUGCAGCUUCCUGCUUUUAUACUAUUUAUCUCUGCGCUUCAUCAAGCAGAAAUCAACCCAAGACUGGUAACAGCAGAGGCGGCAGCAGGUGACCGCGUCCCUUGCAGGAAGAUCUGCCCUGGUUUCAUGGACUAUGGGAAGAACAGCAGAUGCAAACUACUUGCAAAACCAAGAAUUAAACUUGCUGUUGAUUGUCAAGACUCAUGACUGUGAGAGACUGAGGUUUGCUGCUUUCUGAACCUUGAGUUCAUUGGCACUUGCAGCUGAGGGAAAUUUAAGAGAAACACAGAGCUACACUGAGAUCUGUUGCAGACAAUCUCAGUUCUACAAAUACCACUGCUUUAUCAUGGUGUUCAAGGGUAAUCACGUGAGAAAUUGCGAAGCAUCAGCCAACUGCAAUAUAGAGGUUUAGGAGUAUCAGAGAGAAACCUUGCAUUAAUAGCUUUAUCUAAAAGUAGAUCAAUGUGGAACCCCCGUCUAUAGCAGGCACUGCAUUAGACAGUUUCUAUUAUCUCAUUUUCUUAAUUACAGGAAACAGUAGAGAAAACUCAAACCUCAAACUUCCAUAUCUGCUCUUAUUUCCAUAUCUAAUGGGAAACCCAGCAUUUUGCUUCUGUAGCUGAGGAUCUACAUACUCACACUUCGAAAGAUGCCCUCGGAUUGAACUGCAGUCUCAGUUGGAGCCACUGACUUAAAAGGAUAUUCAGUUUCUUCUGAUUACUGGUUCAUAGAAGCACUGGCAAACCACCAGAGGCUGAAGCCAUUCUGGAAAGGAAAUAUCUUUUGGCAGUUGAUUUUACACAGAAAUUAUGAGAAUAAUUUUAAGAAAUACAGAGAAAUCUUUGCUUUAAAAAG